UCACCCGCGCGCACUUCUACUUCGAACGUCCAACAUCGCGCGCGCAUACAAACAUUUACCUUUAAACGUGAUCAGUAUUAAAUUGUGAUGGAGAAAGAGCAUCAGCCGGACUCGAUGGCUACGAUCACCAUGAAGCCGGAGUACCCGCCGUCGGAGUAUAGCGCCUCAGAACCGCCACCGGCAUACCGACAGCGGCAUUCGUCCUCGGUGCAGAUCGCGAGGAUCGCGGCGCUGACGGUGGUGGCUGCCUCCUUCAUCCUGGGCUCGUUCAUCCUGGCCUCGAGCUGGAUCGCCGCCCGCGCCUCUUGCCACCAGCUGGAGCAGCUCGACGCCAUGCUCGACAAGGAACUUGCCCUUGAAGGCAGAGCAUACGGAAAUGAUGCUCUUGUGGCGGAUGAGCCGCUGCCGAUCGCCAAUGCGCACGCGUUGCAUGGUGUUCCGCCCCCGGCCGUGUCAACGGCUGAGGCGCCGGCGCGCACGCCCGCCGAGUCCGCCGCCAGCCACACCAAGGAGGAUGCGCUCAACCAAGCCGAGUCUAAAGUAGACGAGGACAAGUUGCAGAAAAUUGACGAUGUCAAUCCGAAGUUUGAUGCUCCGAACUCUGAGGGAGGUGAGGACAGCUCCGAGUCGGACAGCUCGGCUGAAGACGACGAGGAUUUGGAUGCUGUGCGACCCAUGUUCAAGCUGCCCAUCCAGUUCGACCUCGACGAGCUCGCUGGCGCCUUCCUGGCCAACAACCAGAAGGGCCGCAUGAACUGCGUGGUGGAGCGCCGCCGCGACGACCCCAUGGAGAGGCGCUUCCCAUUCAACAUCCUCGGAGCCUUCGCCCCCCGCGCCGCGCAGGCCGAGCGCAUCGCCAUCAUCUGCCAUGGCGGAGAUGAACCCAGGGCGAUGAACUUCCCAGACCCGCAGUCGCAGGUGUUCGCGUUCCCGCUGUCCGGGCCCGUGAGGCUGCCGCUGCGGCCGCAGUCCGAGCGCCCCAUGCCCGCGCCGGAGCCCCGCAUGCCCUUCGCCCCCAUGAGCCCGCAGCACCGCGGACCCUUCCCCCUCCCGAUGCCAUGGGAUUCGUCUGAGGAGCAGACUGGCGCCCCUCACAUGCGCAUCCACGUGCAGCGCGUGUUCGCCAUCCCCGCGCCGCACAACAUGCCGCAGGACAACAUGGGCCCCUUCGCGCCGCCGCCGCCACCCCAGCAACAGGACCACAAUGAGCAACCCACCGUCCUUCACCAGUUCGUGCCGCAGUCCGCUCCUACGCAAGAAUUAGAACAGCCUGAGGUCCAGAAGGUGAAUAUGGAGGGCAGCCCGGUGCAGAUGAACCUGCCGUGGGGUCUGACGCCUGAAGACAUCCACGUGAUCCACCGCACCGCCGAGGACGCCGCCGCUAACCAGCGCCACGAGACUCAGAUGGACAAUGAUAUGCAAGAGGUGAAAACGAUCGUGAACACGUUGGCUGCGGCAGCGGAAGCUGAAGCUGAAGCGGAGGCGCAAGAGGAACAACGCCGGCAGGCCGAGGCGCAAGCCACCCCCGCACAGGACGCGCCCGCGCUUCCCCCCCGCGCGCCGCGCACUCUGCUGCUGCCACAAGAAAUGCCAAUGGAGGAGAGACCGCAUUACAUGCAGCCUCGCUCAGUGCGCAGUGUGGACGCGCUUUUGCAGCCUGAGAAGCGCGUGAAGCGUUGCGCUUGUAACUGCGCUUAAGCGUUCGCGCUCGCGUCCGCGUCUGCGACCGCGCUUACUCGUACUGUGUGCGAAGCUCAGCGCGCCCCAUCCGUCCAUCUCAUCACCGUGACAUUAACCCAUCCUCGGCUAUUCGUACAGAUGUAAAUAAAAUGUCUCAGUUCCGAAAAGUCGUUAUCAAAUACAAAGGUGGUUGGUUGUAUAAAUACGAAUUUUAAUUAUUGUUAAAUAAUUCAUAUAUUUAUAAUUCGUUUUCUUAGUAAAUAUCGUUCUGUACAGUUUUAUGAUGAGACAGAAAUUUGGCAUUGACGUGAAUCUAUGCACUUAUCGUGUAUCUGACUAAUGCUGGCAUUCUAAGAUAGUGAAAUAUCAUAUUAAGUAGGGCUGACGUGCAUUUCUCGAUGAUAAAUAUGUAGUAUUAAAACGAUUGUUCGCGCCAAACCACAAACGGCUUUUAAAUUAUGAUAGUUUUAAUCUUAAAAAAACAUAUGUUCCCUUGUGAUCCUACAUUAAAUUUUUAUUUUAUUCC